AUGGUGAAAAUCAUUCAUGUUUGGAGUUCUUUUUAUAAAACUUCCCAGAGAAACAAACAGAUCGCUAUGGGCAGGAAGAAAUUCAACAUGGAUCCUAAAAAGGGAAUACAGUUCCUGCUGGAGAACGACCUUCUCCAGCACACUCCAGAAGACAUCGCUCAGUUCCUCUACAAAGGCGAGGGCCUCAACAAGACCGUCAUCGGGGACUACUUAGGCGAGCGGGACGACUUCAACAUCAAGGUGCUUCAGGCUUUUGUGGAGCUGCACGAAUUUGCAGACCUAAACCUCGUCCAAGCACUACGGCAGUUCCUGUGGAGUUUCCGCCUGCCCGGCGAGGCGCAGAAGAUCGACCGUAUGAUGGAGGCCUUUGCUUCGCGGUACUGUCAGUGCAACCCUGGAGUUUUCCAGUCGACAGACACCUGCUAUGUGCUGUCGUUCGCCAUCAUCAUGCUGAACACCAGCCUGCAUAACCCUAACGUCAGAGACAAGCCCCCCGUGGAGCGCUUUAUCUCCAUGAACAGGGGGAUCAAUGAAGGGGGAGAUCUGCCAGAGGAGCUUCUCAGGAUUCACCUCUUCAGUUUACCCUCAUACGCUGUUUGUUUCUCCCUCGCAGGUGGCCGAGUGAAGACGUGGAAGAGGAGGUGGUUUAUUCUGACUGACAACUGCCUCUAUUACUUUGAAUACACAACAAUGCAGCCCCCUUGA